GGGACAAAGUGACACAGCGAUAAGUUGAGUAUUUACUGAAAACCCUGAAUUUUUUAGGGUUGGGGGCUCCAGCACGCGGCUAAUUUGUUAUGUAUGUGGCAGGUUUGCAAGGUUUCCAAAUGCCUGUGAAGAGCCUGGGAUGGAGACUGUAUUUGCCAGCCAAAGAUGUUUAAUUAGUUGGUGAGGUAAGUGAAGGGAUCUCCAGGAGAGACACAUGAACCUCGAGUGAUGGUUUCUUCCAUGUUUUGUGUGCCCAGCAUAUCUAAUCGGCAAAGGUUAAAAAAGAAGGAAGGAAAGGAGAGUAGAUAAAUGGGCCGGGAUCAGAAGAUAGGGACUGAAGUCACGGUGCUAAGUAGCAGCAAAUGACCUUGGGUAUGCAGCUUGACUAAAGUAAAAUCUGGAGACUGUUCCCUCCAGGAUUCUAGCUCUGACUAGUUGGAAUUCUCAGACUUCAGGAAAUGUAGUUCGCAAGAAUCUGAUCUUGGAUCCGGCAAGACGCACUUUGGACCUUCAGGAAAUCUUGUCAGUAAGGCAGCCCUCGCCACACUGCCCAUAUUGGAAACUGCUAGUAGUACCAGAAGUUAUGCUUGUAAUAACCAGCUGAACCAAAUGUCCUUCUGGGAGAGCUCAAGACGACUCUCUCACCUUCCUUCUCCUCUUCCCCUCACCCCCCUUCUCUGCAAUAAGACCUUGGCACCGCUGUGAAAAUCUCAGGUUAAGAAUGGGGGGUGGAGUGGAAGCCUGGCCCUAGACGUGACCCCUAGGCGGACCCAGCAGCGCUCCCCGACCGGUCAAUGCGUCUUCCUUUCCCCGGGUUUUAAUUGCAGGUCCUGGGCGUGGCUUCUUUCCGAGCGGGAAUAAGGGGCAGGCGGGGCUGGACGGCUAGUGAGCUGAUAGAGUCUGUGUGACUGCCCAGUCUCUUAGCAACAGCUCCGUUGCAACUCUUUCGGUUAUGGGCGACAGUCUUAAUUCCCCGGAGGAGAAAGCCCGGCUUUAUUUGAAAAAGCAUCGUAUCAUGGAAAUGCUGAACUACCUCACUUUUCAGUUGCUCUAUCAUCGGCCGGAUAAACCAAGAGAAUUUUUGCUAAAUAUGUUAUCAAAAAUAAAGAUUGCGAAAACAACUUCGGUAGACUUUCCUUAUCUCAUUGAUGACUCUAACUUGGUUUCUAUGUUUGAAAUAAUGGACCCUACAAAUCAAGGUUUUAUAACUCCUGUUCAGUACAAAGAAGCUCUAAAGAACCUUGGUCUGCUGGAUUCAGAGGAAGUAAUAGAUGAAAAGUUAGACGUUAUCACUAAGGAUUACUUCAGGAAAGAUGUGGCUAGAAAGACCUUGAAGAUGUGGUUAUCUUUUUAAAAAACCGGAUCCAAUUUGGUUCCUAAUGUUUAUCCAGUUUGGAUGCUAAGUGCAUUUCCCUAUAAAAAUUAGUGUUUUCUUCAUUAAUACGUUAAACUGAAUGAGUUAAAUGUAUUACAUUAAAUGAUUUAAAUUGUUAAAAUAAAAAUAUCAUGAAAAGUUUUA